AUGACGAGUGAGGUGUCGGCGAGUGCGAGUGGUAGUGGUGGUGGAAGCAUGAAUGCAUACAACGGUUCCUCACUGGAGAUUGUCACUCUGGUUUUGGUCGCCGUCUCCUGCUUCGUGGUUCUUGUGCGCGGGGUGGCCAGGUACCGGAUCAGUCGAGUCGCUGAGCCUUCAGAUAUCCUUUUGCCCUUGGCUCUGGUUGUGGCCAUCGCUCAAAGCGUUUGCGUCCGACUAUCGCUGUCGAGUGGACUGGGCAGACAUGCGGAUUCUCUGAGUCCCGACCAAGUCACGCAAUUCCAAAAGCUCACCUACGCCAGCAACCUUCUCUUUCAACUCGUGCUCUCCUUGUCCCAACUCAUUGUCGUACUCCUCAUCAAGAGUGUCGAGCCACAGCGGCCAGUCCGGAUCGGCUGCAACGUUCUGCUGGGCUGUAUCGGAAUCUACUCGACUCUAUCACUGGCCAUCUUGGCUUUACAGUGCUCUCUUCCACAGCCAUGGCUGGUUGGAACCGACCGAUGCGUCGACCGACAAACCUUCCUCACCUCUUUCAUCAUUGUCAGCAUCGUCAUCGAUGCCGCCACCCUCGUCCUCCCCAUCAUCAUGGUGUGCAGGCUCAAAACGCCGCGAGACAAGAAGAUCUUUGUGUGUGUGCUCUUCGGGACGCGCAUCGCACUCCCUCUGGUCACCGCGCCACAGAUCUCCCGCUUGAAGACCGUCCUGGUCUCGCAGGAUCCGACAUGGGACUUGGUCUCGUUUCAGAUGUGGGUGCAGAUCGUGAUGAACAUCAGUGUCAUCACGGCUUGCCUCCCUUCGCUCGGCCGCAUGAUGUGGCAGCUGAUGACUUCCGGGUCGGCGGGACUGAAGUCGACGUGGUCGACCCGCGACUCCGAGUCUCGAGAUUUCGGGCAUGAACUCGGGCUGGAAAACGGCAAACUUGGUUAUCUGGGUAUGGAGAAGCCAUACAUCCAACAGCCGAGCCCGGCCUUCUCGCCCAUGGGCGAGAAGGGCAGCUGGAGCGACCAAGUCAUUGUGCAGGUCCGGAGCAUUGGAAGCCAUGAAAGUUUCGAUUCCAACCGGUCGUCGGGGAGCCUGGAGCCCCUGGUCACACACCAUGACACGGCCAGGCCCACGAUGCCGCCGCGAACCGCCUCGCUCUCCUACCUCCCCCGCCGGCCGAACCACCACUACCGCCGACCGUUUAGCAAGCUGUUAUCCCCGGUGCUGGAGCGGUCGCCUGCUCUGGGAGCACAGCUGCCUCCAAUUACUACUGCUCCUGCUCACCACCGCUGGCGAGGGGCUUACGACGCGCCGCCCGCGUAUUCUCAGCCUCAGUUUCAGCCUCAGUUUCAGUCUCAGUAUCAACCUCAAUCUCAGUAUCAGUCUCAGCUACAGCCGCAGCUACAGCCGCAGCCUCUCUCCCCCACCAUCCCUUGGGACGCGUCGAGCUCGCUCUACGACGAGGACCUCUCCGAGAUCGACAUCGACAGCUAUUAUCUGGGCAAUACCCAAAUGUCCCAAUUGUACAAUCCCAGCCUCUCCGAGCUUGUCUUGGAGAGCAUGAUUGAAGAUCUGCAGCGCGAGAAUGCUGCCAGCCGGCCCAGUCCGAGACUCGAGGGCGGCUGGAUAUGA